AUGUCUGACCCGUCCAAUUCCACCUACUUUAGACCCGUUGGAGAGACUAACGAUGAAAUAUUCCUAGAGAAGACCUUCUUGGCUAGCGGAUAUCUCACAGGCUUAGGCUUCGGUGUUCAACUCACUCUGUAUGGCGCCUGCGUUCGAAUUCUCCUGCAACGGAAGAAGCGGGCUCCUUUCAUAUACUUCCUUAUUGGAUAUAUCACUGUCCUGUGCGCGAUGAACACCAUAUGGACUGGCACUUCAGCCUACGGUCUUCAGCUCACCUUCAUCGAGAAUCGUAAUUAUCCAGGCGGGCCCCUUGGAUUUCUGCUUGUAGAGUUCUCCCUUCCAGUCAAUGUCCUGGCGUUGGCAUCAUACAUCAUAGGGAACAUUUUGGCUGAUACCUUAUUGCUAUGGCGUUGCCGGAUUAUAUGGACCGCGUCUUUAGGGAAGAAGAUCGAUUUUGUCAUGAUCUUUCCAACCCUAAUGCUUGUGGCAUCCAUCGUGAUGGCAAUAAUAUACACUGUCGACACCGCGUCGCCCACAAUUGGGUUUUUCAGCAAAUCAACCGUCAAUUUUGGCACAGUCUUCUUGGCGAUCUCUCUGUCCCUCAAUAUUGUCCUCACACUCAUGAUUGUUGUACGCAUCUGGGGGUACCAACGUCAAGGCCGCUCGGUCUUUGGCAAGAGCUUUGGUCAACAUUACACCUCUAUCUCCACCGUCUUCGUCGAGUCAGCAGCUAUGUAUACUAUUGUCUCUAUCUUGCUGCUCGCCACCUAUUCAAUCGGACAUCCUAUCAACCAGAUAUUCCUUGGUGUGAGUCCCUCGGUUCAGAUGGUUGCCAACUAUUUGAUCAUAUACCGUGUUGCUCAGGGACGAGCAUGGACGAGCGACACACUGUUAGCUAAAGGAGGAAACACAUCCGCGCCAAUUGCCUUCGCGUCCGCCACUGGUGGCUCGAUCCCACAUUUGGAUGGCUCCGGCCGAGAGACAACAGUUGAUAUCCCACUUUCUCACUUGAAGGAAAGAUAUAAAGGCAGCCAAGGAAGCAAGUCUACCACAGCUACAGUUGCACAUAGCAUAGAAACUGAUGCUGAAAUGGGAACUGUAUGGGCGACCAAGACCAAUGGAUGA